GCAACUAUGUGUGUAAGAGUAAGACGAUGACUGUGUAUGCAAUUACAGAAACUGGAACAGUAUUCCGAACAGAGAGCAUCCGAUCCGGCCCUAUGUUUUGUCGCGGAAAUGUUCAUCCAUUUGGAAUUGGAUUUGGUCAUCAUAUAUUUCAUUGAUGUUGUCGUGCUGGGCGCAAACGCAUCUAAGAGCCUUGAGAAUUCAGCCCAAACAAGAGAGUCCGACAACAUUACAGACUCCGCAAUGAGAGGGACAGGCGGGGCGGGGUAUGUAUCUACUGGCUACUGCAUCGUACUCUUCCAAAACUUCCCCUCUUCUUGGAUAACAACAGAUUUGAGAAUCCAGUUCCAGACUUGUUCCGCUCAAAAUGUCUAGUGGUAUUUACUUGGACAAAUCUUCUUCUUACGAGUGAGGAGCACAUCUUUAAUUUUGAUUAAUUAGACUCAUAGAGACUCCCAAGUCACUCAUCAGGAUAUCCUAGUACCCUUUAUUCCGACAGGUGCUUCCUCUUCCUGCAGUACCACCAUACUCGCAUUUCAUUUCCAUCGCUCCUCCUUUCUAGUUUUUCUGAUUCUUUUUUUUCCAUAACAAUAAUAACCCAGUAGUAUUAUCAGGUACCGGAAUUCACCAUUAGUCACCAUGUCCAAGAUUCAUCCGGCUGAAAAUCAAGGGCGACACCGACCGAGUCGACAUUUAACAACACCUAUACCUGACCAUCCUCUUCGUCCUGGCCCUAGUCCCUCCGUGCUCACCGUCUGGAAGAAAUCCAGCAUGAGUUUCCAGGGAACUGAUGGUUUCACGGUUUUCGAUCACUGUGGAAGAUUGGUUUUCCGAGUAGACAACUAUACCAGAAAGAGUUGGGCUGCUGCAAGCGCCGGACUCCUCCUCAUGGACGGAUCCGGCAAAGGUCUACUCACAUUGAAACCCCAGUGGACAGGAUAUCGGGGCGAGGACAACCGAUGCUCGAGGGCAUUUACCAUGAGAAGACCACCAUCGCUGCUGAUUCCCAGAAGUGCAUGCGAGGCUGAAGUGUUUAUAGGAGAGAACAUAAAGGAAACCAGCGAGAGGAAACCUGACCUAAAAGCUGAGGGAUCCUUCAGAAGGCGGAAUUGCAAGAUCGUCACUACUGCCACCGGCGAACUGGUUGCCCAGAUUUCCCGGAAACGAAUAAAUACUACCCUUCUGCUGAGCGACGAUGUUUUCACGCUCGUAGUACACCCUGGAUUUGAGCCUGACCUUGUUAUGGCCUUCGUAAUCAUCCUGGAUCGCAUUUGUUGCCAGACUAAUUACGCCCCCAUCCUCUGUUCAUAAAACAUUUUUUCUGUACAUCUAUUUGAAUAGAGUCAAUUGACCCAUUCCAAAUGGCACUCCACUCAUCAUCAACUGAGCCGGACGCCAG